AUGCUUCCUAAUUUAGCUAAAUAAUAUUUAUUUAUACACGAAGAAAUAAUAAUGUUAAGAAAUUGUUUUUAUAGACUAUGUGAUAGAGGGAUCAUGAUGAUAAAAUUAUAAUUCAGAUAUUCUCUGGGAAAUUUUAGGAUGGCUGAAAGAAUAUUUAACUAAAUAAAUAAGGAUGGCGGUUUUGUUAAAUAUUUGAGUACGCUUUUAAAUGGUUCUAUAAUUAAUAAAGUUUUAUGGAGUUUUGGAAUGUUAUCAAGUAAUUUUAGAAAUCUAAAUAAAUGGACAAUAAGAGUAUUUUAGAAAUAGAUGAUAAGGAAAAGAAGAUACCCGAAAUUUGUUAUUUAUGGAAUUCAAUUACAGGUUCAAUAUCUUUGCCAAAAAAUGAAUUAGUAUCGAGUAUAUUUUGAAAUAUUUGAUAAUGAUGGAAUAGUAUAAUUUGAAGAAUUUAGAGUUGUUUAUUAAGAAGGAGUGGAAUUAAAUCGAUGA